UAGAGGCUCGCGGGGGCCGAGGUCCUGCACUCAAUCCACCCGGGAGCUCUCGAACUGCACCGUUCACCUGGAUCCGGGACGCGGCGACCGGGGCCAGGAGGACAGAGGGACGCGGCGAUGGCUCCGUGGGGACUCCCGGGGUCCGCUGUGCUUGCUGCUUCGGUGUUCGUGGGAGGCGCCGUGAGUUCCCCGCUGGUGGCCCCGGACAACACUGGUAGCCGCACAUUACACUCCCGAGCAGAGACAACUCCAUCGUCACCCACCAACAACGCUGGGAAUGGACACCCGGAAUACAUCGCGUAUGUGCUCGUCCCUGUUUUCUUCGUCAUGGGUCUCCUUGGUGUCCUCAUCUGCCACUUACUUAAGAAGAAAGGCUAUCGGUGUACAACAGAGGCGGAACAGGAAGUUGAAGAGGAAAAGGUGGAAAAGAUAGAGUUGAAUGACAGUAUAAAUGAGAACAGCGACACCGUUGGGCAGAUUGUCCACUACAUUAUGAAAAAUGAAGCGAAUGCAGAUAUCUUGAAAGCCAUGGUAUCUGAUAACAGCGUGGGCGAAGUUGAAAGCCCUGUCACUCCUAGCACGCCAGGGAGCCCACCUGUGAGUCCUGGGCCUCUGUCACCAGGGGCCACCCCAGGGAAGCAUGUCUGCGGUCACCAUCUGCACACAGUGGGAGGUGUCGUUGAACGGGACGUGUGCCAGCGCUGCAGGCACAAGCGAUGGCACUUCAUAAAACCUACCAACAAGACGAAAGAGGGUCGACCACGGCGACAAGGCGAGGUCACAGUCCUCUCUGUGGGCAGGUUCAGAGUCACGAAAGUGGAACACAAGUCCAACCAGAAGGAGCGCAGAAGUUUGAUGUCUGUCAGUGGGAUUGAGAGUGUAAACGGGGAUGUGCCUGUGACACCUGUGAAGAGGGAACGAAGUGAUACAGAAUAGCCGCAGCUGCUUGCUGUCUUGAAGAGUUCCAAGAGACUCCGAACUUUCGAGAUAUGAAUUUGCCUGGGGAAUAUUUUUAUAUAUUUUAUACAGUUUCUAUCAUGAAGUCAAUGGGCAUGUGGAUCAAACCCAAAAGGGAAUAUUUUUGCUAUGCAGGACACAGAAUCCAGUUUGCUUUGAAACAAGUUUUGGGGCUUAAAAGGUGUGAUGAAAAUUUACACUUGUGGACCGUCCCGGCCAUCACGGUUCCUGGUUGCACAUUCCUGGCUGUUCUGUAUACAGGAGGCUCCUCCCUUGGAAUCACGGCAUCAGGAACAGUGGAGCCAUUUACAGCCUGAGCUUGUGUCUGUGUGCCCACGUCUGUUACCGAGCCCCAGAUUUCAUUUUGACGUGAGAUCUUCAUACACACAGUUGGGUUGUUACAGAAGACUCUUGCCUGCAAAAGGUCCUUGGAAACGUGGAGUGCUCAGAAGCUGGUUCCCCAGGACGUCGUGGGAUCAGAUGGAACCACAGGUACCCUGCACUUCAGAUUCCUGGACCAAGAAUUCAGCACUGACUCCUGCUUCCGUCAGCCUGCUCCUGUCAGUCUCUGGUCACUUAGAAGAUACAGAGACUAUUGCUGUUUUUAUUUAACUUAAUCUACACAGUUGUCCUGUAGUCUAAUUGAGUAAAAGGGAAAAUGGCUUAAAGUCA